AUGCGUCUUUCGCGAGAAAAAAAGAAGAACCGCGCAGAAUCGCGAAAAGAGAGGAAGAGAAAAAAGAGGAAAAAGAAAAAAAAAAGACCGCGGGGGGGGGGAGGUGCGACGACGUCAGGGGGGCUUUAUGCGCGUGCGCACGAUCCUAGCGCGGGCGCCGCUACACAGCUGCCAACGUUCAAACUUGGCUUUGUCGGUGACAAACCGCUGGCUGCUGUGUUCGUGACCGACGAGAUGGUCAAUGCCUUGAGGCUCGCCCUGAAACAGCGCUUCUCAAUUGGCGCGGUAUCUCCCAAAUAG